AUGACCUGCUUCCAAACCAGUUUUGUGGGUUCUGAGAUGACUAUUGAAGUCAAUAUGGGAAUCAUGGAUUCAUCCAGAAGCUGUGUAUUUUCAGGUUGUGGAGGAGAUGGGACCUGUGACCACCGAGUUACAAAAUCCCCUCUUGAGAAACCUCUCGGGCAAAGCCCCGACUCUCUGAUUGAGUUCAACCAGCUCAACAUCAAACGUCGCCAAUCAAACUCUUCGGUCGCUGCUAAUAUCAUUCGCUUCGUUGGGCUGACGGACAGUAAGACCUUGGACCGGAGUUGUUGCAGUAAUGGUGGGACCUGUAUCUUGGGCAGCUUCUGUGCAUGUCCUCCUCCCUUCAUUGGCAGAUAUUGUGAACUGGAUGAGCGUCUCAAUAACUGUGGCAAAUUUCUGGAUGGCCAAUGGGUGCUAAAGCAUUGUACCUGGUGUAUAUGCAGCUAUGGAAAUCUUCACUGCCUAGAGGCAUUUGGAAAGGUUGAGAACUGUGAUGCAGAUGAGGAUGGGCAUCUGAAUGAAAGUUAUGGUAUGCUGACUGCUGGUGCUUCAAGGCUGCCAUUAUUACAGUACCUGUUAUCUGUAUUUUGUUCUUUUGUAAUACUUGGGCUGUAA